AUGACGGAUGACCUUCAAGAUUUUUCCAUCACUGUGAUCGCUUAUGAGGGAGAAUCUGUCACUCUACACUCAGACAGUGAAAUACAGAGAGACAGUGAGAUCAAGUGGAUCUCUGAAGAUAACAUCAUUCUGGUCACUGGAAAGAUUGGAGUCGUCACAGAGACCAAAUGUACAGAUGAUGAGAGAUUCAGAGCCAGACUGAAGAUGAAUCAUCAGACUGGAGAUCUCACCAUCACAAAGAUCAGAAAGACAGAUGAUGGAGUUUAUAAACUACAGCUGAUCAGCAGUGAUGGAAAGAUCUCAUACAAGAUGAUCAAUGUUUUUGUCAACGACGGCCCUUCUCCAGAUCAGAAGCAGAACUCAGUGUUGAAAUAUGAGAAUGAUUCUGUCACUCUGAACACUGGUGUUACUGAACUACAGUCAGAUGAUGUGAUCCAGUGGAGGUUUGGAGAGACUCUCAUCGCUGAAAUCAAUAGAAAGAACAAGUUCACUACAGAUGAUGAGAUAUUCAAAGACCGACUGAAGCUGAAUGAUCAGACUGGAGAUCUCAUCAUCAGAGAUCUUGACACCGAACACACUGGACUCUAUAAACUGAAGAUCAUCAACAGUAGAGGAACAUCAUACUCUCAGAUUAAAGUUUAUGUCAGGGAGAACCUCAGAUCAGUAGAGUUGGGACAUUCUGUCACUCUAUACACUGAUGUUACUGGAAUACAGAUGUAA